UCCGACCCAGAGUAAUCAGACAGAAAGUGGAAAGGAAGGGUCUAUAGAAAAUACAUGGAAGAACGGGAGGUUAAGAUAGAGGUCAGAGAACAUGAAGUGCAUGUAAUAGAGCUGAACAGACUUUAGGGGCCAAAACAAAUGAUUGUGUCGAACUUCCCGAGAAGGACUGGAUUGGUUAAUAAAAUUUAGUGGGAUGGAAAGGCAGGAGGAUAAUGGUACCAGAAGAUGGCAGUAAUGCAACGUAUUGAAUGCCAUCUGCCAGUAAACGCCAAGGAAGAAGAAGAAGAAGAAGAAGAAGAAGAAGGAAGAAGAAGAAGAAAAGAAAAAGAAAGGCUGGAAGCCCGCGAAAUGUAGUUGGUUUGUGUAUACCAGAAACGGAGGUUGAGGUUCAUUAUUCACUACUCUGUGGUUUUAAGAUACAUUCGGGAUUCAGAUCACCUGACUUAACUAUGUUGAUAAGCCCAGAAGAAGAGGCCCUGAUUGACCAGGUGUUUGAAAUCUACCUGGCAGAGCAUCAUCAUGGUGACAUUCUCCGGCUUAUUACAGACGCUAAUGAAGAGACCCAUUACUCUGUUGUUGUUAAUGCCAUGACACUGUUUGAUGCAAGUAUGGAGGUUGGGGACUAUUUUAAUGCUUAUCCCAACGAUGUCCUGGCUAUAUUUGAUAAAGUAUUAAACAGAACAGCCACUGAGUUAUCAAAGAAUGGUUCUUCCAAGCACUUUGGAGGACGAAGAACUAAAGAACAUGGAAUGAGACACAUUCUUCAUGUCCGCAUUACAGGUCUGCCAUUGUGUCCAGAGAUGACCAGAGACACCAUUCCCCGGUCCAGAGAUGUAGAGCACUUUUUGUCUGUGACUGGUAUUGUCAUACGCAGCGGUGUUGCCAAGGUUCUGGAAUAUGAGCGUGAUUACAUGUGCGCAAAGUGUCGCCAUGUUUUCACAGUGCAGGCUGAUUUUGACCAGUUCUAUACUUUUGUUCCUCCAACGACUUGCCCUAACCCUGAUGGCUGUAACUCGUACAAAUUCAGUUGUCUGUCUGGAGGAUCUGAGCCAGCUGUCUGCAGGGACUAUCAGGAGAUCAAAAUACAAGAGCAAGUGCAGAAGCUGUCAGUGGGCAGUAUUCCUCGUUCUAUGGUGGUGGUCCUGGAGGAUGACCUGGUUGACAGUUGUAAAUCUGGAGAUGAAGUGACCGUCUAUGGGGUAAUGUGCCAGCGCUGGAAGCCCUUUUAUGAUGGCACUUGCUGUGAUGUGGAGCUGGUCCUCAAAGCUAACAACGUAGAAGUAAACAACCAGCAACCUGCUGCUGCUCUGCUAAUGAAGGAUGUUCAGAAAGAAUUUGACGACUUCUGGAAUAGCUACAAACAUGAUCCCAUAGCUGGAAGGAACCAGAUCUUGUUGAGUUUGUGCCCACAAGUAUUUGGCAUGUAUGUGAUUAAACUGGCGGUGGCCAUGGUGUUGGCUGGCGGGGUGCAGAGAAUUGAUUCUUCUGGGACCAAAAUCAGGGGUGAGUGUCAUAUGUUACUGGUUGGAGACCCUGGCACAGCGAAGUCUCAAUUCCUGAAGUAUGCAGCUAAGAUUAUGCCUCACUCUGUACUCACAGCUGGAAUUGGAUCAACAAGUGCAGGGUUGACGGUAGCAGCAGUAAAAGAUGGAGGUGAUUGGCAUCUUGAGGCAGGAGCCCUGGUCCUGUCAGAUGGUGGUUUGUGCUGCAUUGAUGAAUUCAACAGUAUCAAGGAACAUGACCGCAUCAGCAUCCAUGAAGCUAUGGAGCAACAGUCUAUUAGUGUGGCCAAAGCCGGUAUGGUUUGUAAGCUGAACACUCGAACCAGCAUCCUGGCAGCUACCAACCCUAAAGGCCAGUACGAUCCCAAUGAGCCACUGUCAGUGAAUGUAGCCCUGGCCAGCCCUUUGCUGAGUCGUUUUGAUCUGGUUCUAGUUCUGCUGGACACUAGAAACACAGAGUGGGACCGUAUCAUCUCGUCUUUUAUUCUAAAGGACAGAGGGUUGCCUGCUGAUUCGGCCAGCCUGUGGUCCAUGGAGAAACUGAAGGCUUAUUUCAGUGUGAUUAAAAAAUUGCAGCCGCAGGUGUCUGAAGAGGCCAACAGCAUCCUGACACGUUAUUACCAACUGCAGAGACAGAAGGACGGCCGUAAUGCUGCCCGCACCACCAUCCGCAUGCUGGAGAGUCUCAGCAGACUUGCUGAAGCCCAUGCCAGGCUCAUGUACAGAGAGACUGUGACUAUAGAGGAUGCUGUCAUGGCUGUCUCUGUCAUGGAGUGCUCCAUGCAGGGUGGUGCUUUGCUGGGAAACACAAAUGCAUUACUCACCUCAUUCCCUGCGGACCCUAGUCAGCAGUAUCAAACUCAGUGUCAGAUAUUGCUGGAAGGACUGAACCUGCCACUGCACCUUCAGAAGGAGCUGGAUAGACUGGCCAGGUUAAAGAGGAACCACUCAGAAGCCUCAGAGUUUGAUCCACUGGCAGAUGAAUACCAGCAACAACUCAGUGACACCAGCUUCAUCAUCAAAACACACCACCGAGACAUCACCAGUAACUGCAAGUUUAAUGUCACGGGGGAGAGUGGCUUUGACUGGUUCCACUCCAUCACACCAUCAGUGUCACCAGAUGAUAUGAACUCACCCAUAAUUACAUCAACUCAAGAAAACCUAGAUACAAAACCAAAAUUCGGUCAAUCACAAAUGUCUAUAGUAAUCAAACAAUCAAACCGUCAAACUGAGGACAUUCCAAGUAACUCUGAUGCUGUUUCAGAUCCCUAUAGAAAAAUUACCUCUACUUUAGAGGACAAAGACAGAAAAAGUGAGAAAAAUGAAAAAGAAAAAAGUGGUAAAACCCAUGAGCAGGUAAAACAGUCUGAGAAACAGAAAGAUAAACAACACUCAGAAUCGUUGGGUUGUGUGUUGCAAAAAGUGUCUAAGAAUCUGAGACACAGAAGAAUCAGGGAGCUGAAAAAUCAGCAGCGUACAGGACAUGGAGAGAGGGUGGUGUCUGUAGAUGCUGCAAGUAUAGAUGUGACUGAUGUCUUAGAUACAGCAUCAGAUUCCCACUCUAGCAGAACAUUGCUAUCAACUAAAAACUGCCCCUCCAUUAGCCUAGUCCAUAACCUGUCCUCUGGCAAAGAGAGUAUAGCUGAGGAGGACGAUAGGAGAGGCAAGACUGAGACAAAGUGCUUUAGUUCUGUGUUAAGGGAAAAGAUGGCAGCUCAACCUAAAACAAGGGAAGACUUGCAUGCAGUGUUAUCAGGCUUCAAAUUCAAAGCAAGAAAGGUGAAACCUUCAGUCACCAGCUUUAAUACCAGCUCAAAUGUUACAGAGUUACAAAGUGAAUAUAACCCAGGGGUUGGGGAUCACCACACCUACACAGAAAUCAAAAUAUGUAAACAGAAGCUAGUUAGUCAUGAUGACUCAACUAGCCCAUUGACUGUCCCAAAAAGAGGAGAAAUCCAGAACCAAAGCCUUUUGGAAGGUGUAAACGACAGGAAACAGGUAAGCAGAGUCAGUGAGGUUGGAGGAGGGAGUGGGUCUGAAAACAGUACUGGUUUUGCACCGAAAGAGCUGAAUAAUGAUGUUUUUUACAUUGAAAAUGACAAAUUGUCACUAGGAGGAAGUGUAAAUAGAAGGAAAGGGAGUGACGAUAGAGAAAAUCUGCAUCAACAAAGAACCAGAGUCAACACUGCUGAUGAGACUGAAGUAGAGGACUUUACUGAAUCCCUACUUUUAAACUCAAGCACUUGCAUCGGUGAUCCAGCACUAUCCAAAUCAGGCCACACAAAUUCUGCUGUGGCCUCCUCAACCCUGGCUAAACUCGCAAGAUUUUCAUUCACCUGCAUGACUGAGCCUAUGACCACAGCUCCAAAAAAAUUGGAAGAAAAUCCUCCAGCUAAAGUGGGGAAAAGCUCAUUUACAAGAGAUGGUGCAGAAUGCUCAAGAGCUAAUGCUACAAUCAAGAAAACUCCAAGUUCCCCUGAACACUGUCCCUUAAAAAAGAUCAAAACUGUAGUUGACAUGGACAAAGUAAAGGAUUUGUUACCGCCACCAGCUGCAGAGGUCACACUGGGACAGAAAUAUGACCAAGGCACAGAGUUACCAGCCAAAACAAAGUUGGAGCCUGCUCAUGAGGCAAACCAAAGAAACUGUGAAAAAAUGGUGAAUGACUAUGAAAGAACAGUCAAUCUGAAGAAGAGAAAGUGUUUCGAGCUUGGUUCUCUACCAAGUAGCGCUGCUGGUACCAAGGGUCCCUUUUCAGGACUAUCCCUGUUUGGUUCUGUUGAGUUAAGUAAUGAUGUUUUUGACACUGACUGGGACCAAGAGGUUUCAAAAAAAGCCAAAGUUUGAAAUUAUAGGUGACUGUCACAGUGUGUUUGUGGAGAAAGAAGAAUACUAUAAUAAUAUUAUUCAUGUCACGUUUUGCUUUGGGUUACAUCACUUCAGCUUUUUUGCCUGAUGUAUGAAUUUGUUACCUUCCACAGCCUGAUAAUAAACCCACUGAACUGUUCCAGAGGUUCACGUGUUCAUCUU